GCCUGUACGCUGUGACUCCAGACGUUCAGCGCUGCCGUGCAGGACUACAGUACAUUAUUAAUGAUGCCACGGACACUAAAGCUGUCCCAGAAACCAUAUGUCAAGACAGAAAGAGACAGAAAUGCUGCAGCUAGUUGCAAGAUGAUGUCAGGAGCGAGAGCGAUGGUUGUGGAUCGGUUCAACUACUGCUGAAGGACCAGUUCAAAACCCGAGUGAAGACAAAAGAGUCCAUGGAGGGAGACGCAGAGGAAUCAGAUGAGGACAAGCCCACGUUGCUUUGGGAGAGGUGCAUUCAGCAGAGCAUCUUUGUUGACCUGAGUGAGGAUGAAAGUCUUCACUUCAGUGAUUUGGAGACUUCUUCAGCCUUACGUCUGUCCCAGACAGAGUCUGCUGCGUCCGAGGCAAGCAUCCAUCUCAGUGGGAGCGCGGAGCUGUCGGCCUUGGAUGUCACCUCCUCUGAGUCCAGUGUUGUCAGCAGUCAGAAUGAGAGGAUGGUAGGGAGCAAGACCAAGAGCAGCAUAUUGCAUGUGUCUGCCCAAAAACCAAACACCAUGCAAGAUGAGCCGCCCUUAAAGCACGAGGACCCAGGGCAAGAUACUAGUGAUGAGGAUCAGGAGGAUCUGCCUUACGACUGUGACCUCGGUAGCCCCUACUUCAACCAAACAGCUUACUCCGAGAGCUCUGAUGGAAGAGAAACGGUCCAUGGAAGUCCUGAUGUUCCUGGUUUGCUUGAAUGUAAUACAGAUGAUAGUAUUGAAUCCUUGGUUUCUGGUGAGCAAAAUGCUGAGAAACCAGAGGAAACAAACACCAAACGGGACAAUCUUUUUGAUGCUUCCAAGCCCAGUGAGGUCGCCCCAUCACGCCCUUGUCCUUUAGACAUUAACCAGUUGUUGCUGCGACACUUCUCCCAGGAGGAGCUGCUGCGGACAAGUAGGCCGAUCGAGGCCGAGACACUGCCAGAGGUGUCCCUACUGGAGAGCGUGGAUGACACUGUUUUUAGCUGGCGUCCAACACACAACAGCACAACAAUUAAUGGUAACCACUCAGCUUGUAACUCUGAGAUCAAUCAGAGUUUCUGCUCUGACAGGACUGAUGAGAGUAGUGCAUCAAAAAAUCCAAGUUUAGAGGAAGAAGCAGAAAGAGAAAUUGAUAAUGCUGCUUCUGACAGCAUUACAUCCAGCUCUGCAAGUACACACUCAGAGCAGGGCAGUGGGGAUACCAGUGGCGUACAUGUAGAGAAGAAAGAAAAUACUUAUGAAAAGGAUGAUCAGGUUCAGAGAGUCCCACUUGUGCGCACCAGGUCCUUCAGCGAGAUGAAGUACGGCCAAGGCAAAGUCCACUAUCCGCUCCCUGACUUCUCCAAGGUCGCCCCUAAGGUGAAAAUCCCCAAAACUCCAAAUGGACCAGUCAGACCUGUUCCUCAGAGCCCCGGCACCAUGCACAGAGCUCAGUCCUCUCCAGGGAUGUUAGAGUUGAUCAGAGGAGUCCUGGAGGAUACAGUCCAACCACCAGAGAAGCCAUAUGUCUUCAAAGACGAACAGUGUGGUCCAGCACUGGUGCAUCACCUGCAGGCUGAAUAUGAUAAACUACUAACCAAAUACGCUGAGGCAGAGAACCUCAUUGAUAAAAUGAGAAUAGGAAACAAUCCCGCCUCAGAACAGAUGCUUUAUUUAGAGUGCGAUGACAAUCAUCAGGGAAACUUAGUUGAGGGAAGCUAUCUUGGAUCCGUGGCUCCUCGUCUUCCCCCAUCAGAAAACUUUGGUGAGAAAUGUGAAACAGCCCCCCAGAGCAGCAUUAAGAAGGUGAACACAACUUCCUCCAGCCAGCCUGAGGAGGUUCCCAGUGACGGGGAGAGAAUGACCGCUGAGCUGACAGACAUCAUCAGCCAGUUCAUGCAGAAGGUGGAAGAAUUCAAAUUGAGUGUGAGCAACAUGUCAGUGAGCACAGCAGAACAGCAAAUGAUGCUGAGGAGCGUUAUGGAGGCUCAGGACCAACUGGAGAGAGAAUACAUCAGUAAGAAGGAGGAGCACAGAGCUCUGGAGAUGCAAAACUACAUGGGUCUGUCCAGGAACACCGGCACCUUCGACCCAGACAGGCUGGUGGAGGGAGACAUAUUCAGGAUAGGGAUGCACCUUGAAGACAUAAAGGAGAUGAUAGACAGAAACGUGUGUGAGCAGAUUUCUCCACCCCAAUCAUCCUCCUCUCCCACAACCAUAAAAGAGAUGAAGCUCAGUCCUCUCUGCAUGACCAUACCCUCACCUCCACCAUCCCUGAAUGAGGGGCCAAGUGCAGGUUUUUCCACUGAGGGUUGUAUGAUGGAGGCACGGAAAGAGGAAGAAAAAGAGGAGGAAGUGGAGGAGGCCAGUGAGGUCCACGGAGAUGAGAGAUUACAGCAAAGCAGUGAACUCAUAACAACUGACUCUUUACUGAAAGAUACAGGACACAGCUACCGCCAUUCAAGGAGCUCACUGGGCUCUCUGGAGGGACUAGAAGUCCAGACAGCUGAGGCUGAAGAGGAGAGGAGCUCCGUCUCGCCAAAGGUGAUAGAUCACAGUCGCAUCUUGGCAUACUUGAGUGGAAGCAGCUCAUCAUCGAGAUGGAGGCAGUGGACACCCGACAGUCGUAGCAGCCCGGAUAGUGCCUUGAACCCAGCGGGUGAAUGUGAUCUGGGUGACUGUGUGAGUCUGGCAGUGGAGGUCUCGUCUUCCUCUGAUGCUCCCAGAGACUUAGACAGCCACGUUCUCUCAGAGCCUCCUCUCAACACCUCAGCUGUAUCACAGAGGAUUGUGAGCCCAGAGACAGACAGUGGAUUUGGGAGCUCUUACUUGAAUCAAUCAGCCUCUGGACUGUUUCAACCGAAUCUGCUCACAGAAAGUGUGCAGUCCCAGAAUGAUGGUUUAAGCACCUCAGGCAGCGAAGGCUCCUGCUCCAACCUGCAGACAGCCAUCCACUCAGCCCCCCUCACCAGCCAGCGGUGGGCCAGUCCCCACCCGUCUGUCCAAACACAGUCCUGUGGUGCAGCAGCGGCGGUGCAGCGGUGGGUGGAGAGCACCACUAAGGAGCCUUCAGUCAGGCUGCAGGGAUCUGGACGCAGCCUGCCUGCCCGGCUCCGUCACCACGUAUCUGAGCCCGUUCUCAGCUCCACCAUGGAAACAGAAGAAAGACGCAGCCCACUGACUUUCUGCUCUUGUAAUAGUGAGGCAAUCGUGGCUUUGCAGUCAGAGGUAUCCCGGCUGAAGAAGGACCUGGAGGAGGGCUUGGUCCAGCUGCCUAACCUAGCACAGAAGAUGGACUAUCUCACAUCCAAAUACGGGCAGGAUCGUCAGGAGCGCAGGUCUAAAACCAGACCCCGGACCCACCACAGACCAGCCUGCAACAGUGUGUGGAAACCAUCAAGUAGCACACAGAAUGUGAGCGAUGUCAGGUCCAGUCAGGUGAAGAUAGACGACUGGAUCUCUUCAGACAUGGACCCCAGCAAGAGCAAAGGUACAGACAGUGGUGACACAGCUGGCUCAGAGAUCAUGUUGCAGUUCCACAGUUCACCUGUAGGGAGCAGGAGAGGCAGCGGCGGUGUGCGCUCUGCACCUGAGUUUCAAUAUAAACUUCAGGAGGUGCUGCAAUCCAACAGAGGGUCAGAGGGAAAAACCUCUGGUCUGACCAGCUCCAUUUUAAAAGGAGAGAAGGCUACUGACAGCCAUGCCAAGCAGAGACCACAAACAGCCGUCAUGGACAGUUUUUUCUCCAAGGAGAGCUGGUCUCUUUUCUCCUCUCCGUCUCUUCAGAAGCCCCUUCUCCAGGUCAGCUACGGCUCCUCCAGCAGCCUGCCUGCAAGCUAUAAAGUGAGGGAGCCGCCGCUGCAGUCCAUAUCCCAUCACAGGAAGCGCUCCACCCAGUCAGACACAGCACUCCUACCCAGUAAUGUGUACUUCCAGCGGACACCGUCCCCAGCAUCAGCACCCUCAAAGACUGGCUGCAGGACAGGCAAACGCAGAGGGAGCAAGGAGGUAGAGAUGAACAGGACUCUAGACCAGGCUAUUGAGGUGGCCCGCAGCAUGAAGAGGACCACCGACCGAAUGGCCAAGAGACUGUCAGCCGACCUGGCUGAGGCUCAACUCCACAGGAAACUCCACAACAUGCAGCCACUAGGGGGCAGGAAACACCAUUAUAACAAGCAGAGUACAGAUAAGUUUACACUGUAAUCAUCACUAUGAUACCUGAUGCCUGUGUAGAAUAUAUCUAUGUUGGGUAAUAAGUUAUAUAAUAACCUGUUUGUGUUAAGUUAUUGCUUUUUUACAUGGUUGUGUAUUUAUACAUUUAUACAUACAUACAUACAAAUGUCUAUUUUUGUUGAUGGACAGCAUUUUCUUUGUAUUGAGUGUAUUUACAUUUUGAUUUGAUGCCUUUAAACCACUAAAUUAUUUGAAAAAAUCAUCCAGCAUCUCAAUUUUAUUCCCACCGGUGUGCAAAAUGUAACCCCAAAUCAUAUGUUACGAGACAAAAAAAAGACUUUCUGACACAAGACUUUUGAGGAACAACAUUAGGGGGCAGCAUCAGUCACAGUACAAUCUCAGCAGAUGAAGCAAUAAACAUAAUCCUUAUCUUUUCACAAUGUCA